AUGGCUCCCAAUCCGAAGCUCGCCGCUGCCCUUUCCGCCGCAGAAGCAGAGUCUGGCGAGAAAGGCGCCAUCUACGAAACCAUCCUCUCCGACAUCCAGACUCUCGCCUCGCCAACCACGGCAGCCGAUCUCGAUGCCAUCUUCGACUCCUUCUUCGGCCAGAGUCUCGGCCUCGUGGCCUCGCGGUCCUUCCUAACUACCUUCAUCGCCACCCUCAAGAGUAUCGAAAAGGAGAGCCUGUGGAUCGAGGUCGGCAAUCGCACGCUGAACAGACUGGCCGCCCAGCCAUCAUCCUUCUUCGAUGCAGCUGCCACCAUUUACGAGCUCGUGGCCACGGCUCACGAGAACAACGAAGACUUCCUCGAUGCUGCAAAGGCCCUCGCCGAGAUUCCGCUGGAUAGCUCCCAGAGGAAAGUCUCAGACGCGGACAAGGCGCGCGUGUGGGUUCGCAUCGUUCGGAACUACCUCGAGGUUGGCGAUGACACCGCCGCCGACAUGUACAUCAACAAGCUCAAGAACAUCAUGCACACGGUCUCGGACCCGGACCUCAACCUGCACUUCCGCCUCUCGCAGGCCCGCAUCCAGGACGCGAAGCGGGACUUCCUCUUCGCUGCCCAACGGUACCACGAGAUCAGCUUCUUCCCCACCGUCGCCGAGGAGGAGCGCCUUCACACGCUGAGCAUGGCAGUCAAGUGCGCUAUCCUGGCUCCCGCCGGACCCAUGAGGAGCCGCAUCCUGGGCAGGCUGUACAAGGACGAGAGGUCGGCGCAGCUCGCCGAGUUUGGUAUCCUGGAGAAGAUGUUUUUGGACCGCCUGCUGUCGCCCGCAGAGGUGGACAAGUUUGCAGAGGGCCUGCAGCCGCACCAGUUGGCCACCACCGCCGACGGAUCGACUGUUCUUGCAAAGGCCGUCGUGGAGCACAACUUGCUGGGCGUGUCGAGGCUGUACAACAACAUCCAGUUCGGUGCCCUGGGAGCACUGCUUGGCCUGGACGCCGACAAGGCCGAGGAGACGACCGCACGCAUGAUUGAGCAGGGCCGACUAGUCGGCCGCAUGGACCAGCUCGAGGGCAUAGUCCGGUUCGAGGGCGGCGAGGCUUCUGGCGAGAAGGGCAGCGGCCGUGCCGAGGUUAUCGCAAACAAGGAGAUGCGCAGGUGGGACGCCAACGUCGAGAGUCUGGCCGAAGAGGUGGAAAAUGUCAUCAAUUCUCUGCAAAAGGAGUUUCCCUCCUUUGUCGCAGCGAAUCUUGUGGCCUAGGAUCUAUCCAAGAGAGAUAUCGAUGGGAGCGAUGCAAAAAUGGCACCGGCGUUCACGGAGGAGACAUUCAAAGGCGUUUGGGAUGAUUUUAAUGUGGCAAUGAUACGAUACAACGAUAAAACAUCUGCAAGGAGUUUUAAAUCUCUCCUUUUCUUUUUGGUUUUUGCUACCUCUUCUUUUUUUAUCUUCUUAACCUUUUUCUCGCAGGCAAGCAUUUAGACUACACUGUGUAAAAGAGCAAGAUGUUUGUUAUAAAUGUGCUAGCUGCAUAGCUAACAUUUCAAUCUCUGACGUGACGCCCUUUGUAUAUAAUCUCGAGAUGCUUCCUUCACAGGUCGCCAUUUAUUAUACGCCUCAUCUACUCGGCAGCCCACAAUCCC